CUCUCUCUCUCCCCCAGCUCCUUUCCCAAAUGGUUUGUCCCACUUCGGGCCCGGCAGGGCUUAGAUUUGAGUUUCUCAAUUUCGCCGCUCUCUCGAGGAGAGGACCAUUAUACAUUGCUGAAGGGGGGAGAGCGAGACAGAAAGAGUGAUUUAAAGGGACAAGAACCCCGGCAAGCUUUUGCGGCUGACUGACUUGAGGAGGAACCGAAGGCGAAGAACACACCCCUCCUACCCAAACGCCCCACAGCGGCACCCGUGUGCCUUUUUUUCUCCCCCUCCUCAGCCGCCGCCAGGGCUUCCCCCUCUCUCGUAUCCUCCUCCCUCCUCCCUUGAGGCCUCCAUGAGGUAGCGCGCGGCGGCGGCAAGAAGCGAAGAUUCUCCCCAGCCAGCCAGCCUCUCGCUCUCUCUUUCCCCUCAUCUUUGUGGCGCUCUGCUUCCUCAGUGGCGUCGUCGGCGUCGGCGCUUUGUUCGGAGCAGCCGGGGGCGGGGCGGGGUUGAGGCGAAAGAGGCGGCGGCGGCAGCAGAGGCGGCGAGGGGGAGGAGGGAGAGGAGCGAACGAAGGAACAGAAGAGAAGAGUAAAGAGGGAGGAAGAAGAAGGAGAAGCCGAGGAGGAAGAACCACCGAUCUCCUCCCCCUCCUCUUUUACCUCACCUCACACCGCCCUCUCCCCUCCCCCUCAACACACCACCACUGCGGUCGGCGGCGGCGGAGGCCGCGCAGCCCUGAGGGGGGUGGCGGCCCGCAGUCGCCCCCCUCAGCUAGAGCGAGCAAAGAGAGCGAGCAAGCGGCUGGCUGAGAAGACCCUUCCCCGGUGGGGGCGGCGGGGAGGGGUUCCUCCUUCCCUCUCCUUCCUCCCCUCCCACGUCCCUCCUCCCCUCCCACGUUCCUCCUCCCCUCCCACGUUCCUCCUCCCUUUCUACCCCCCCGCACCCCAAAAUUCCCGCCCGUCCCGUCCCCCCCUCCUUGCCUUCGCUCCCACCCAGCGCUAUCCUCAGCCCAGCAGCAGCUCGGGAUUUGGGAUUUCCACCCGUCCCCUCCCCCUGCCGCCGCUUCUGCUUCUUUCUUUUCCUCCUUGCUCCGAAGUCUAGAAGAAGCCGUGCCGGCGGGGCGGGCGGAUUGAUGUGGGGGGGUCUGACAUGAGUCCGCCGGCCGCCGGGUGCUGCCAUGUGACCGGCUUCAAGGUGGAGAACUGGAAGCAGAACCUGAGGGUGAUCUACCAGUGCUUCGUGUGGAGCGGGUCGGCCGAGACCAGGAAGCGUAAGGCAAAGUCGUGCAUCUGUCAUAUGUGUGGUGCCCAUCUGAACAGACUUCAUUCUUGCCUGUAUUGUGUGUUCUUUGGCUGUUUUACAAAGAAACACAUUCACGAGCACGCAAAGGCAAAGCGUCACAACUUAGCCAUAGACCUUUUGUAUGGGGGUAUAUACUGCUUUAUGUGUCAAGAUUACAUAUACGACAAAGAUAUGGAACAAAUUGCCAAAGAAGAACAACGGAAGGCUUGGAAGCUACAAGCCUUCACCCCAACAAUGGUUUCUCACUACCAGUGUACAAUGACAGGUAUUGGAGAGAAAUAUUCAACAUGGGAGCCAACCAAACGAGAGUUAGAACUGCUUCGACACAACCCCAAGCGGAGAAAAAUAACUACAAACUGCACCAUAGGUCUAAGAGGGCUAAUCAAUCUUGGGAACACAUGUUUUAUGAACUGUAUUGUCCAAGCGCUUACCCACACUCCACUACUGCGAGAUUUCUUCCUCUCCGACAGACACAAAUGUGAAAUGCAAAGCCCCAGCUCAUGUCUGGUCUGUGAAAUGUCUACGCUUUUUCAGGAGUUCUACUCUGGGCACCGAUCUCCUCACAUUCCGUAUAGGUUAUUGCACCUGGUAUGGACGCAUGCACGGCAUUUAGCAGGGUACGAGCAACAGGAUGCGCAUGAGUUCCUCAUUGCUGCGUUAGAUGUGCUACAUCGACACUGCAAAGGUGACGAUAAUGGGAAGAAAGCCAACAACCCCAACCACUGUAACUGCAUCAUAGACCAAAUCUUCACAGGUGGACUACAGUCUGAUGUCACUUGUCAAGUCUGCCAUGGUGUUUCCACAACGAUAGACCCAUUCUGGGACAUCAGUUUGGACUUGCCAGGUUCUUCCACCCCAUUUUGGCCUCUGAGCCCAGGCAGUGACGGAAGUGUGGUGAAUGGGGAGAGCCACGUGUCAGGAACCACCACCCUCACAGACUGCUUGCGAAGGUUUACAAGGCCAGAACAUCUAGGAAGCAGUGCCAAAAUCAAAUGUAGUGGUUGCCAUAGCUACCAGGAAUCUACCAAACAACUCACUAUGAAGAAAUUACCCAUUGUGGCCUGUUUUCAUCUCAAACGGUUUGAACACUCAGCCAAACUGAGGCGAAAGAUCACUACGUAUGUCUCCUUUCCACUGGAGCUGGACAUGACGCCUUUUAUGGCCUCCAGUAAGGAGAGCAGAAUGAAUGGGCAGUACCAGCAGCCAGCUGAUAGUCUAAACAAUGAUAAUAAGUAUUCCUUGUUUGCAGUAGUUAAUCACCAAGGAACCCUGGAGAGUGGGCACUAUACCAGCUUCAUUCGACAACACAAGGACCAGUGGUUCAAAUGUGAUGACGCCAUCAUCACCAAGGCUAGCAUUAAGGAUGUACUAGACAGCGAAGGAUAUUUGCUGUUCUAUCACAAACAGUUCCUGGAGUAUGAGUAGCCUUAUUCAGCAGCUCAAGAGAAAAAUGAAAGGAAGCGAAAGGAAUAGCAGCCUUCUGAAAAGACACACAAACCUACCUGAAAUGAAAAGACACCCAUUCGACACCUAGCACUGAACUGCGACAGGAUCUGCUUGCCGCUGGCUCACGGGCUAGAGGAGUAAGAAAUGAACAAUGUCCACCGUGUACGCGGUCCUGCGAGGGCAGAAGAGGGGAAAAUGUAAAAGAGGCUACAGUCAGUGACUUUGAAAGAAGACAUAUAAUAACACAAAGAUUGCUCUGGAUGGGGAAAAUAGGAGCAGAGGAGUCCAGGCACUGGCAUAUCUCCCUCCGUUCCUCCAAAAUGUGUGUGGGAAGGCCGGGGGGUGUACGCUCAUCUCCAUAAAGCAUCUUCUCCAUUGGUGCUUCAGCUCCAACUGACCAAUCAUACAACAAUUAUAAUUAAAAAAAAAAACCACAACCCAAGCCCAUUUUUUUAUGAAUAUGGGUCUGAAAGCAGUAAAAUGGAGGAAAAUUGGGACGAUGCAACGAAAUGGACUUUGCAAGUACCUUUUUAUUUGUGAAUUUUAGUUAUUAAAUAAAUACAGUAUGAAAUUA